AUGCCGAGCGGAAGCGAUGAGAAGUUACUGCAAGACACGUCGAUUGUUAAGGCGUUGCAGAAGGAGUAUAAAUUUUUGACGAAUUGGCCAGAUUACCAUUUUCAAGAUAUGAGAGGAAUAUACAAAACGGAUUUUGAAUCUUUGUGCUCAGGAUUGAGUGGAAACUCCGAUUACAUAAACAAGCAGAAUUGUGUGAAGCUGUUUAGCAUCAUCGACAAUAUACUCCACAGGGGAGGACUAAAAGUGAAUGACGACAUCUGGGAUAGCAUAAAAGAGGCGUUUAAAAACAAUAAAGGCAAACUAGAUCUCACGUCAGAGCACCUCACCAAGUACCUUAAUGAUCUUGCAGGGGUACUACAAAAAGGACUUCUAGAUGACUUUAAGAAAUUUAAAAGCUACUAUGGAAGGAACUACGAAUUUAGCUACAUAGCCAAGCUGUUUUAUUUUACUCAGAACGUAGGAAUUAUUCAGAGUUUAAUGAAUUCCCCAGAUAACCCCCAGCAUGUACCCUGUUGUGAAUUUGUAAAUCAAUGUCUGGAUAUCUAUCGACAAAUUAAGGAUGCUAAAUGCUCGGGUAAUGCUCAAGGCACUUUCAAUCCCAGCACUUUAUGCGUGGAGAUGAAUUCCUUUAUCGAAACGUACAAGGAGAAACUGUAUCCGCAGCUCAAGUAUAAUAAUCUAGUCGGCUCAGAUAGUGCCAUAUAUGGCCCCGUGAAGUGCUACUACAAGAAUGGCAGUGGGGGAUUCUUUAGCAGCUUGUUUAGGUACCCAAGUGACAUGUCCUACAGCGGAAAGGUGGCGCUGAUCUCCUUUUCGGCUUUUGCGGGAUCCAUGCUGCUGUUUAUGCUGUACAAGUACUCCCCGCUCGGAUUCCUCUUCGGCAAGGACAAGAAAAGAAAAAGAAGAUCUUGGCAAAGAAUGGGACACCCAUAUGAACAUGGACUGCAUGAGGAAAUGAGCGGCUUUGACCAGAGAUAUGGCUCUUCAAACGAUAUGUCUUAUUAUGAUGCUCAACGAAUGAGAAACAGUGCGCGUGAUGAUACGCAUACUAUGGAGACUGCUUCUACUGCCUUUGAGUCAUCGCAGACGUUUGGAGACUCAACGUACGGAUCGUCAGAAACGUUGGGAAAUACAACCUAUGGAGGGUCUUCAAAUUUUAGAAGUUCAAAACGUGGGGCUGCACAAUCGGUGGGAGGCUCAACAUAUGACGGUUCGCAAACGAUAGGAGGUUCAACGUAUGGCGGCUCGCAAUCGAUGGGAGGCUCAACGUAUGGUGGCUCACAAUCGAUGGGAGGCUCAACGUAUGGCGGCUCGCAAUCGAUGGGAGGCUCAACGUAUGGUGGCUCACAAUCGAUGGGAGGCUCAACGUAUGGCGGCUCGCAAUCGAUGGGAGAUUCCAUGUACGGCUCGUCGCAAACGUUGGGAGAUUCAACAUAUGGAGGGUCUCAAACGGUGGGAGGCUCAACAUAUGGCGGCUCGCAAUCGAUGGGAGGCUCAACGUAUGGAGGUUCGCAAACAGUGGGAGGUUCAACAUAUGGCGGCUCGCAAUCGAUGGGAGAUUCAAUGUACGGCUCGUCGCAAACCUUGGGAGAUUCCUCGUACGCCUCGUCUCAAACGUUGGGAACUAUGGGAUACGAUUCGACCGACACUUUGAAUACCAUGAGAGGGUAAAAUAACCAGCCACCCUACCCUAGGUGGUAUGUGUGCUAGAUAGCUCCGCGAAAUAGUUGCUCUGAGGAGGAGACUGCACAGCGGUUUAGGAAGUCACUGGCUGGUAAUUUAGACAGCUAGCCAAUCGGGGCAGUUUCCCCCAUAGGAAAGAAGUCAAACCGUUGGAAUGAACAGAAGGAAAAAUCCCCGUCAUAUGGGUGGUGAUACAGCAGCAGCAUCGCUAUAGAAUGCCACAUCUGAAGACCGUAAAAAAAAAGCACUUGAAGAGAAAAACGAAAAUCGGAAAACGGACUGGUCCUCUGUUAAAGGACUUUUAAUCCCACACAAUGCAGCCUACUCAGAGAGGUGGAAAGAACCCCCUCGUCUGCAUGAGAUAAACAAAAUUGUAACCUGCUUGAUGAAGUGGAGAGUUACCCCCUUGGGGAAGGUUACCAAAUUGGAGCAGAAACGUUUUGCAUAACAAGUGCGCGAUAUUUAUGCUUCUGCCUAUACUGAUGAAUUUUUUUUUUUUUUUUUUUCUUUUCUUUUUUAAUUUUGGUGCGUUUAAUAUUUAACCGUGAUAAGAAAAACAAUAGUCGUGUGUAGAUCCCCAAUUGUACCAUUUUAAUUAAAUAAAAUCGAAUUAGAGGGGUGC